AUGGUGUCCACCCACGAAAAUUUCCCUACACAAAAAUUUUUUUUAUUUUCAGAUGGAAUGAAUGUAACAGUCAUUAAUGAUCGGUCCGAAAAUUAUAUCCGCAAUCAACUCGUCAUUUUUGAUCGAAAAUGGGUUUCACAGUUGCGUUUCUUUUUUGGUACCGAAUUUGAUAGAUUGUUUAUUCAUCAAAACUCAGUGGGAAAAAUGCUUGAUGAAGAGCUUGUUUUAAUUAGCAUUAAAGAUAUGGAACUUGCAUUAAUGGGGCGGUUAAAGAAAAUAUCAAAUUUUGUAGAAGAGAAGGAAAGCGAAGAGAAAAAUGAAGUGAAAAAUGAGGGAGAAAAAUCAUUUUUGAAUUUAAUUUAUGAAAUUGCAGUUUUGGGUGUUUUAUAUGAAAAUUAUGAUAAACCGAUAGUUGUUGUUGGUGUUCGUGAAAAUCAACACAAUUCGAACGAGUUGAUACCCGAUGAAAUUAUUUCAGCUUUUCGAGCAAAGGGGUUGAAUAAAACUAAAAUUGGAAGUAAAAAAGUGGGGAUACAUUUUGAUCUUCUUUUCUGUGCUGGUGGUGCAAAUGAUAAAAUACGUGAUAAAAUUUUGGGUAGUUUUUGUUUAAUUUUGGAGAUUUUAAAAAUAAGAGGGCAAGGGACCGGCAUGGGACCUUUACUGAGGUUGUGUCUCGGUGGUGCCCCUAACGCUAUGAAAAAUGAAGCUCCGGACAGGCAUCGAUACAGCGACAUGGAAGUUAUUGCUAGGAGCUUUCGCUCACCACGUAAAGGUGCUCUACCGACUGAGCUACCGGGGCGCUGCUUUCACCCUCUCUUCUAA